AUGGCUAAAACAAGAUCUAAAUCUGCUGCUACUGCUGCUGCAACUUCUCCUAAGGCUUCUCCAACUGCAGCUAAAGUAACUAAAAAUAAAGUUACCAAACCAUCAACAGCAUCACCAUCAAAAACCACCAAGACUAAAGCAGUAAAAAAAACUACCACCAAAAAGGCCACACCUAAGAAAGAAGAGGAGGAAAAAAAAGAAGUACAUGUGGAAACUGUUACAAAGGAUUCAAGUUUGAUUCCUGAAGAAAUCACCGAAAAGGCAAUUAGUGAAUUGAAAAAAUAUAUAUCUAGACAAUCCCAACAACAACAAGAAACAGAAAAUGAUGAAUCUAAAAAAUCGAAAUUGUUUGAUGAAGAUGAGGAUGAUGAAGACAAUAAACAAAAUGAAUCCUUCUACUUGACCAUAGAUUCUAAAAAAUUCUGGUCUUCUAAACCUCAAUUCAAACCAAAAUCAUUCAAAUUGACCAAACCAUUAUAUGAUAAUAACCAGACCACCACAACUACUAGCAACAGUAAUAAUGAUAUAAAUGUUGAUAACAAUAUAUGUUUAAUUAUUCGUGAUAAAUUAGUUAAAUCAAUUGAUGAAUUAAAUGAAUUAGAAAAUAAUCAAUCAUUAUCACAAAUUACUCAAAUAAUUCCAUUGAAUUCAAUUAAAACUGAAUAUAAAUCAUUUGAAAAAAAACGAGAAUUAUAUCACCAAUUUAAAAUUUUUUUAGUCGAUGAAGCUAUAUUAAAUAUUAUGCCAAAUACUUUAGGUAAAGUAUUUUAUUCAAAAGGUUCAUCCAAUGAUAAAAUCCCUAUCCCCAUUAAAGUUACAUCUACUACUACAGGGUCACAAACCAAUGGUAAACAAUUAUCAAUAGUUACUUUAACUAAUCAAUUAAAUAAAGUAUUGAAUAAUACUUAUUAUUUACCACCAAUUGGUAAUAAUAUUACUAUUAAAAUUGGGAAAUUGAAAUUUGAUAAUAAUGAUUUAAUUGCUAAUAUUAAUGAUGUUGUGAAAAAUUUAGAUUUAGAUACUAUUAAAUCAAUUCAUGUGAAAACUUCAACUUCUCCAGCAAUCCCAUUGUUUUAUACAAAAUCCCUUUCACAAUAA